AUGAAAUGAGAGGAGCAUGGCUAGUAGGGAACACGAAGCCACCGCGCAACCGUGGGGGACGUUAGAGGAGCUCUUGCUUGUCUCCGCCGUCAACCGCCACGGCCCAAACCGCUGGGACUCCGUUGCGUCCGAGCUUCAGUCUCGCCCUCACUCCUCCUCCACCGCCGCCCUCACUCCUCACUGCUGUAGCCACAAGUUCGACGACCUCAAACGCCGCUUCCAACAGAACGACGACGCCGCCGAAUCGGUGGCCGUUAUGGUUGACGAGCUCCGCAGGCUCCGAGUCGAGGAGCUCCGCCGUGAGGUCCGCCGUCGCGACGUUUCGAUCGUGUCGUUGGAGUUGAAGGUGAAGAGGAUGGAGGACAGAGACCGGAGCUUGAAGGCGACGGCCGCGGCGGCGGCUUCUCCUCCGGUGAAUCUCCAUCGCGGCGGAGGAGGAGCGGAUACAUCGGAGUCGCCGGAGAAACACGCCGUAAAAUCAAACUCCGGCGAGGACUUCGUAGCGGAUUCCUCCGAGCGCGAGAACCGAUCCUUCAACGAAUCCAAUUCCACAAGCCAGCGAAGCGACGCGAGGCCAAACGGCGUCGUGGAGAGAAAAGCAGAUGAGGACGUGGGGCCCGGCCCGGAGAGGAACCAAUCUGAUCCGGCCCGCUCCCAAACCCGAUCCGAGCCCGCCUCCGCGAACGAUGGAGUGAUCGACGACGACGACAACGACGACGUGAACAAUAAAAACGGGGGAGAAGGAGAGCCGACGAGUCGACCUGGCGAGUUGAACGAGUUGCCGCGGGAAGUGAGGAAGCAGAACAGCGAUGUGCAAAGCUCGGCCAGCUUGUCGAGGAAGAGGAAACGACGUCGUAAAGAUGGCGAGAGUAGCAGCGGCGAAGAGCCCGAGGGUGGUGAGGAAGUUUCUCCCGCCACCACUAAACGGGUCAAGCUCGUUAAACUUGAGCCGUUGGUCAAGGUCCUCCGGCUCGUCCGCUCUCAUCGGCUCGGCUCCGUAUUCCAACGCCGGCUUCGGAUCCAGGAGUCACAGAGGUACAAGAACCUGAUUAGGGAACACGUAGACCUCCACGUGGUCCAAUCGAGGCUCGACAAAGGGGCCUACAACGACUGCAGCGCCAAGCUCUUCCGCGACCUCCUCCUUUUGUUCAGCAACGCCGUUGUUUACUUCCGCGAGGCCGCGCCGGAACACGUGGCAGCUCUAGAGCUACGGUCGCUGGUGUUGAAGGAAAUGAACGACUACCUACCUCAAUUUGGCGUGAAGCGCAAGUCUAAUGUAGAGUCCGAUAUCACUACUGGGACUACAACUUCCAUGAGACCCAGCAAGUCGUCUUCGAUCGUUGUGUGUGGUAAACGUGGUUCCAUUAAUGCAUUGUCGUCGGAAAACAAGAAAGGAACUGUUAGGAAGGUGGUGGUGGAAGAGAAGGAACCAAAAGUGAAGGUGAGUGAGAAGAAGGCAGAAGACAGUGCUCCGGUUAAGGUGGAGGACAGAGGUGUGAGGAAGAGGAGGUCGACUCAGGAGAGAAAUGGAGGGAGAAGGUCGAGAACCACAGCCGCGAGUAAGAGCAAGAAUUUAGAAGCGAAGGUGAAGUUUGAGUCAGACGGAAAUGAGGUGAGCGGGCAUGAGGGUUUGGAGACGGUGAAGACGGAGAAGAAAGAAGACGUGAAGAAGAAGCAAGGUGCCGCAAUCUUCUUAAAGAGAAUAAAGCAGAAUGGUGGGGGAGGAGUUGGGCAGGGUAGUAAUGCGUCGGAUGUUUCAGAGGAUGACAGUAAGGAUUGCAUGGUGGAUGAAGAAGAGGAGGAGGAGGCAGAGGAAGAGAAGAAGAAGACGACGGGAAGGAAGAAAAACGAUCAGGUGGAGAGGAAACCAAGGGUGACUCGCAGCGCUAGCGGAAAUCGGGGAAGGCGAGGGGGUAGAGGUCAAGAGAUCAGUGGGAGGGGGAUGAGAGCGGUCGGGCGGCCGCCUAAGAAACCAGAGACGGCGGUGGUUGGAACCGGGAAGAGGGGGAGAGACAACGGCGAGGCGGAUCAGGUGGGGAGUGCAAAGAGGCCGAGGAAACGACCGAGGAGGUAAUGCGGUAUGAGUGUUGUAUCAUGUAAAUUAAGCUUAAAGCGUGCUUUAGUUGUAUUUUUUUUUGUUCUUGUUUUCAUGUUGCUAGCUAAUGCUAUAGGAUGCUUAGGUUCAGUUGGUUUUAGUUCACUUCUGCCCAAAGAAGGCAAAAGAGAAUCGGGGUACUUACAAGAGGGGGAUAGAGAGGAAAAAAGUAGUCAUGUAUUGUGAACUUGUAGUAUGCUUUUGGGCAUUCGUUGCAUAUACACGGGUUUUUUUCUUAGUACUUCAAACUUGAA